AUGACGCCCGCCCCGUUCAUGCCUCUGAGCGAGGAGCUCAGCCGCUACCAGGAAAUAUACAGAGCUCCAGACGGAACCUUGGUGCGCUUUGCGCUGUCUUACGUCGAGCAAGUGAAGGCGAAGAUCGCCAGCGGAGAAGAUGGAUACUCAAUUGUCGAUCUCUAUCUGCUCAACCCCACCCUCGACUGGCGAGACGCCUCCUACAUUCUCUGGACGGUUUUCGCGCUCUGCUGCAUUCGGUUCGCCGUGAGCGGAUUGAUGACGCCGGCGUGGAAGAAACGCUUUUCGGUCUUUAAGUUCAUCGCCGGCAAGCUCGGCUGCGUGAAACGCGGAAAACUGUGCAAGUUCGCGGAGAAUUUUUGGUAUGCCCUCUGGCACAGCACGUCUCUUGUUUGGGGCGCGUCGCUGCUUAUCGAGGAAGCGGGCACGGCAGAGGAGCCGGGAUGGAGUCGCAUGAUGUUUGAGCAGCCUGACGGACGGUGGUUUUGGAUCGCCACGGCCGCUGAACACUCGCAGGGGUCGGUCGGGUGGCCGUUGCUGCUGCCGUCGGCGCCGAUGCGCUUCUACUAUCUGACGCAGAUCGCCUUCUGGACCUCGUGCCUGCUGUUCCUUCGCUUCGAGACUCGCCGCUCGGAUUUUAUCGUCUUCAUCAUCCACCACGUCGCGACGAUCGGCCUAGUAGCCUUCUCGUACGCCUCCUCGUACUGGCGCGUCGGGCUGGUGAUUCUGGUGCUUCACGACUGGGUGGACGUCCUCCUGUACUGGAGCAAGUGUCUGCAGUAUUCGUACAUCAGGCCCGUCGUGACGGACUGCAGCUUCGUGCUUUUCGUCAUCUCGUACCUCGUCGCGCGGCUUCUCCUCUUCCCCUUCUACUGCGUCUGGCCGACUAUCGACUCCUCGUACACGUCGCGCAUCACCAACGGCCGCAUCGAAAACCACUACUCCUACCCCGGCGGCGUCUUGCUCCCCAUCUUCCUCUCCGUCCUCGUGGCACUCCACGUCUACUGGUUUGGACUCAUCAUCCGCAUGGUCGCGAAGGUUCUCAACGACAGACGCCAGGGAGCAACGGAGAUGAGCGGAGACAUUCGCAGCGACGAGGAGAGCGACAGCGCGGAGUCCUCGUCGGAGGAGAAGCGGAAGGGCGAAUAA